AUGGGGUAUAAAAGUGCAGAAGAUGCUUUUGAUAAUGCUGCAGAAAAUGGUCAACUUGAAAUAUUAAAAUAUUUGCAUGAAUUAGGGUAUAGAGGAGACGAAUGGACAAUUGAUAAUGCUGCAAAAAAUGGACAUCUUGAAGUAAUUAAAUAUUUGCAUGAAUUAGGGUAUAAAAGUUCAAGAUAUGCAAUUAAUUAUGCUGCAGAAAAUGGUCAUCUUGAAGUAUUAAAAUAUUUGCAUGAAUUAGGGUAUAAAGGUACAAAAGAUGCAAUAGAUAAUGCUGCAGAAAAUGGUCAUCUUGAAGUAUUAAAAUAUUUAUAUGAAUUAGGGUAUAAAGGUACAAGAUAUGCAAUUAAUUAUGCUGCAGAAAAUAGUCAUCUUGAAGUAUUAAAAUAUUUACAUGAAUUAGGCAUCUCAAAACCUACAGUUGUUUUGAGACUUCCAUUAUAUGCAUAG